AUGUACCCGAUCCCAGCAGACGCGAGCGCGACGGUCCAGAGGCCGCCGGGACGACGUACAGCGCCACGAAUCCAGCCCUUUAAGCGCGUCGCCGACCCCGACUUCGUCCUCAGGACCUGCCUGACGCUCUCCUCCGCCUUCCGCCAAAUAUACGCAGGACACGCCCAAGACCUCAACUUCGAGAGUCUCUACAGGUGCACAUACAAUGUUUGUGUCGGCCAUGGCGACGAAGUGCUCUACACCCAGGUCGCGACCACCAUGGCGGCGGAGGUGGAGAAGCUUGCGGGGUCUCUCGAGAACACCGCAUCCGCGCCGGACGAUGAGUUCCUGCGGGAGCUGCUAGGCAGGUGGAAGAAGCACAGCAAUGCCGUCACAAUGAUCCGCGACGUCGUAAUGUACAUGGAGCGGACGUUCCUCGAGUUCAGACACAAGGCGCCCGUCUGUGAGCUCGGCCUCAGGGCGUGGCGCGACGGUAUGCUCCGCCCAGAUGGUGAGGUACUGGGACCUCACCAGGAUGCAUCGGCUACUCGGGCGCGUCCAGGGCGGCGUGCCAGCGAUGAGGGACUGCAUGAAUGCUCACUUCCAAGAAAUCAGGAACACAGCGGGCGACGACGAGCGGUUGCUGUCACGUGA